AGUGAAGAUGAGAAAGCAAUUCCACUCUGGGUUGUGGUCUUCACAUCUAUUGUGAUAAUUAUUUAUCGCGUUGAGGAGUCAAGGGUUACAAGGCCGGAGAUCUAAAUAAUUUUCUACGAAGGUUCGAUUCACGAUUAGUUUUAAUUUUUGGCUAGAACUUUGCGUGUGAAACAUGGAAAAUUACACAUAUUCUGGAGACGAUUCCGAAGAGGAAACCAAUGAAAUCAUGGAGACAGAAGAUCCCUUGUGCAACCCCAACAAACCAGUUAAAGUUACUUUUGAAGAAAUAACUUCGGCAGCCUAUAGAAUUAAGUCAGGCAUCGUCAACACAUCAUGUUCGAAAUCACAUAUGUCGAACAUAACAGGAAUGGACAUAUACUUGAAAAAAGAUUUUCUGCAACACACCGGAAGUUUCAAAGAGAGAGGCGCAAGAUAUGCAAUGCUGAUGUUGACGGAAGAGCAAAAGGCGAAGGGUGUGGUGGCGGCAUCGUUGGGUAAUCACGCCCAGGCCGUUUGUUAUCACGGAUACCAGUUGGGCAUUCCGGUGACAGUAGUGAUGCCCAUCAUCGCCCCCAUAAUGAAAAUCCAAAAGUGCAGGGAGUACAACGCCCAGGUGAUAAUGGAGGGCAAAGACAUGAGUGAGGCGAAAAAAAUCGCCAUACGAUUGUCGAAAGAACGCGGACUGACCUAUAUAAAUGGAUAUGACAAUCCGCAAAUUAUAGCGGGACAAGGUACAAUUGCGUUGGAAAUUCUCGAACAGGUUGACGAUAUUGAUGCAAUUGUGGUGCCCACCGGUGGUGGUGGCUUAUUGGCGGGUGUGGCGGUCGCCAUAAAAACAUUGAAUCCGAAUAUUAAAAUAAUUGGGGUAGAGUCGGAAAGAUGUGCAAGUUUCGCAAAGGCAAUAGAAGCGGAAAAGCCAGUAUUCACCAGUAUAGAAGGAACUCUAGCUGAUGGUUUGGCGGUACCAAUGAUUGGGUAUAAUGCCUGGGCAACCGCAAAAGACUUAAUUGACAAAAUGGUUGUGGUAAAGGAAGAAUGGAUAGCUGUGUCAAUUUUACGUUUCGUCGAAUUGGAGAAGUGUAUUGUGGAGGGUGCUGGAGCAUGUGGAUUAGCAGCUAUUUUGGCUGGUCAAUUAGAUGAAUUCAAAGGCAAAAGAGUUGUUUUAAUCAUCAGUGGAGGAAAUAUCGACACCACCAUUUUAGGGCGAUGUUUAGAGCGUGGAUUAGCAGCUGAUGGUCGUCUCGUUAAAUGUAAAGUUACAGUAAGUGAUCGACCAGGAGGUAUUUCGGAACUUUGUAAACUGAUUGGAUCAAUUGGAGUUUCCAUAAAAGAUGUAAUUCAUGAAAGAGCUUGGGUUACAUCUGAUGUGUUCAGCGUCGAGGUAAAAGUUGUAUGUGAAACUAGAGAUUACACACAUAGUGUAGAAUUAAGAGAUCUGCUCUUAUCAAGAUACAAAAGAGUAAGAUUUGAUAAUAUUCAAUACAAGAGCAAUGUAUCUUCAACUUCUAGUUAUGGUGACUAAAGUAUUUUUAUGUUGUUAUUACUUGUUAUUAUUUUAUUUGUUAUAUCUGUAUAUUAAUAAAUACUAUACUUUAUGCAUUUA